AUGAAGCUGAGGUCUGCCUUGGAAACCGAGCCACAACUUCGACCUGCCACCAUUACAGGCUACGAAUGCAAGCUAUGGGGCCAGUAUCCAGCUCUCCUAGAUGCCCCAGGAAAGGUUGUUCAUGGGACUGUCUAUCAUGUCGAGACAAUAGAGUAUGGGGAGAGGCUAGCCAGCUAUGAAACGGACAAUUAUCAGGCCAAUCCGUGUCACAUCAACUAUACUGACAGGAAUAAGCCCGUGGAUCACUUUGGUUAUGUUUUUAAAUUUGUCGGCAAUGUCAGAGACCUGAGUGACGGCACCUUUGAUCUGGGAACUUGGCUAAGGAGGGUUAAAAGGGUAGCUAAGGACUCAUCAGAGGUUAAGUCGUUAAGACAUGUAUCUUGA